CACAAAUCUUGUAUGUGAACGCUACAUCUGUUGUCUUUGCGUUAGAAUGAGCGACUAUUCAGAUUCAGACGAAUCACUUAACGAGUCUCCACCUAAAAAAAAGAACAAAUCUCAAAAGUACACUGAAAAGGAUCUUUCUGAUGACAAUGAUGAAGAAGAAGAGGACGAUGAAGAAGAGGAGGAAGAGGAUGAUGUUGAUGAAGAUGAAGAACCUGCUUUAACAUCCAAAAGAAAGAGAAGAAUGAACUUCGCAGUUAAGGAUAUGUUCCAUGAUGAAGCUUCAGUUGACGAGGAUGAUGAAGAAGAAGAUGAAGAAUAUGAUGAUGAUGGAGAACUUAUUGGUCCGGAAGAUGAAGAAGCAUUGGAUGCUGUACCUGCAGCUCGAGAAUUAGAUUCUCGUCGAAGAAUACGUGAGAUCAUGGAUCAAGAUGAAGAGGAAAUAGAAAGAUAUUAUCAAGAGCGUUAUGAAAACCAAAAUUAUGUUGAUCGUUUUGGUGAUGGUGAGGCUAUGGCUGAUAGUAUUGUUCAAAAGGAGCGUCUUCCAGGUAUUAAAGAUCCUAAUCUCUGGGCGCUUCGAUGUAAAAUGGGUGAAGAAAAAGCUACUGUACUUGCACUAAUGCGUAAAUUUAUAGCCUAUCAAUUUUCUGACACUCCAUUACAAAUUAAAUCCGCCUUUGCAAAAGAAGGUUUAAAGGGUUAUAUUUACGUUGAAGCUUUCAAGCAAACUCAUGUUAAACAAGCUAUAGAUGGUAUAACAGCUUUACGGCUUUCUACAUACAAACAACAACUUGUUCCAAUUGAAGAAAUGACAGAAGUUGUACGUGUUGUAAAAGAAACUGGUCAACUUAAACCUGACCAAUGGGUUCGGAUUAAAUCUGGACUCUAUCGUGAUGAUUUAGCAUUGGUUGAAUAUGUUGAAGAUGCACAAAAUUUAGUCGGUCUUAAAUUAGUUCCACGAAUUGAUUAUGAACGUAAACGUAAUCGUGGUAUGGAUUUAGAAAAUGAUAUCAAUAAUAAUAAUAAUAAUAAUAUUAAUAAGUUUAAACGUUUCAAACGUCCAGCUCCAGCGUUAUUCAAUGCAUCGAAAUUAGCUGAUCGUAUACAACGUGAUGGUUCGUCGAUGAUUUUUGAAGGGAAUCGUUAUGAUGCUGAUGGAUUUUUGCAUAAACAAUUUCGUAUUAAUGCUG